AUGUCUGUCAGUGGUCCCAUCCCUUUAGUGAAACCAUCUUCCUUGAUCUUGGCCAUUGCAAGGAAGCAGGCCAAGAAACCAGAGCAAACAAUUCCCAUAGGCCUAACAAAUAAACCAUAUAACCUCAAACCAAAAUCACUACACCUCAAACCAAUACCAGAAAACCUCAAACCAAAACUACAUAACCUAAAACCAAAACCACAAAUCCUCAAACCAAAACCACAACUCCUCAAACCAAAACCACAUAACCUAAAACCAAAACCACAAUUCCUCAAACCAAAACCACAAAUCCUUAAACCAAAACCACAUAACCUUCAACUAAAACCACAUAACCUUCAACUAAAACCACAUAACCUAAAACCAAAACCACAAAUCCUCAAACCAAAACCACAAAUCCUCAAACCAAAAUCACAAAUCCUCAAACCAAAACCACAAAUCCUAAAACCAAAACCACAUAACCUUCAACUAAAACCACAUAACCUUCAACUAAAACCACAUAACCUUCAACUAAAACCACAUAACCUAAAACCAAAACCACAAAUCCUCAAACCAAAACCACAAAAACCUCAAUCUUAUACCACAAAUCCUUAA